GAGGCAGGGUGUCGCCUGACCGGAUGAUGACAGAAGUUUUGGCGUAAUGUGGCCACUCGUGCCUCCGUCCUCCCGUCUGUCACCUCACCACAGCCCCGGUACCGGCCUGCUGCUGGCGCCUUCGGCCCGUAGCUGCUUCAUGUGCUGCUGAUACGCAUAAAGCCGCGCCGCCACCUGGAACUUUUGGCUCGCUGAAAAGCGCGUACCUUCUGCCGUCGUUGGAAGCGGGCAGAGGACCAGAGCAGAUCCCGACAUGGGGAACCGGGGAAUGGAGGACCUCAUCCCCCUCAUCAACAAGCUGCAGGACGCCUUCAGCUCCAUCGGCCAGAGCUGCAACUUGGACCUGCCGCAGAUAGCGGUCGUCGGCGGCCAAAGCGCGGGGAAGAGCUCCGUGUUGGAGAAUUUCGUUGGGAGGGAUUUUCUUCCCAGAGGAUCUGGCAUCGUCACCCGCCGUCCUCUCAUCCUCCAGCUGGUGAACAGUAAAGCAGAAUAUGCAGAGUUCCUGCACUGCAAGGGUCGAAAGUUUGUGGAUUUUGAGGAGGUUCGUCAGGAGAUUGAAGCAGAGACUGAACGCCUCACUGGCUCCAACAAAGGCAUCUCCCCCAUCCCCAUCAACCUCCGUGUCUACUCACCUAAUGUGCUGAAUCUGACCCUGAUCGACCUGCCGGGGAUGACCAAGGUUGCCGUGGGAGACCAGCCCCUGGACAUCGAGCACCAGAUCAGAGACAUGCUGCUGCAGUUCAUCACGAAGGAGAGCUGUCUGAUCCUGGCUGUCACCCCGGCCAACACUGACCUGGCCAACUCUGAUGCGCUCAAGAUUGCCAAAGAGGUGGACCCUCAGGGUAUGCGGACCAUUGGUGUGAUCACAAAGCUGGACCUGAUGGACGAGGGGACAGAUGCACAAGACAUCCUGGAAAAUAAGCUACUGCCCCUCCGCAGAGGCUACAUCGGGGUUGUGAACCGCAGUCAGAAGGACAUCGACGGAAAGAAAGACAUCCGCGCUGCUUUGGCUGCGGAGAGGAAGUUCUUCCUGUCCCACCCUGCUUACAGACACAUUGCAGAGCGCAUGGGCACACCCCACCUGCAGAAGACGCUCAACCAGCAACUUACCAACCACAUCCGUGACACGUUGCCAGGGUUACGCAGCAAGCUGCAAAGCCAGCAGUUAUCACUGGAGAAGGAGGUGGAGGAGUUUAAGAACUUCCGGCCCGACGACCCCGCACGCAAGACCAAGGCCUUGCUUCAGAUGGUGCAGCAGUUCGGUGUGGACUUUGAGAAGUGCAUCGAAGGCUCCGGGGAUCAGGUUGACACCUCCAACUUGUCCGGUGGAGCAAAAAUCAACCGUAUUUUCCAUGAGCGCUUUCCCUUUGAGCUGGUGAAGAUGGAGUUUGAUGAGAAGGAACUGAGGAAAGAGAUCAGUUACGCCAUCAAAAACAUCCACGGAGUCAGGACUGGCCUGUUCACCCCUGACAUGGCGUUUGAAGCCAUAGUGAAAAAGCAGAUCAUUAAGCUGAAAGACCCCUGUCUGAAAUGCGUUGAUCUGGUCGUCACCGAGCUUGUCGUCCUGAUCAGGAAGUGCACAGAGAAGCUGAAUUCAUACCCACGACUGAGAGAGGAGACGGAGAGGAUCGUCACCACCUAUAUCAGAGAGAGAGACAGCAAAACUAAAGACCAGGUGUUGCUGUUGAUUGACAUUGAGCUAUCCUACAUCAACACCAACCAUGAGGACUUCAUUGGAUUUGCAAACGCCCAACAACGCACUGCUGCUAACAUUACCAAGAAGAGAGUCAUGCCCAAUCAGGUGAUCCGCAGAGGCUGGCUCACCAUCAACAUCAGCAUCAUGAAGGGAGGAUCCAAGGACUACUGGUUCGUCCUGACUGCUGAGUCUCUCUCCUGGUACAAAGAUGAGGAGGAGAAAGAGAAGAAGUACAUGCUGCCUCUGGACAACCUGAAGCUGAGAGAUGUGGAAAAAGGUUUCAUGUCUAGCAAACACGUCUUUGCCAUCUUCAACACUGAGCAGAGGAAUGUGUAUAAAGAUCUGCGUCAGGUUGAGCUAGCAUGCGAUACUCAGGAGGAUGUUGACAGCUGGAAGGCUUCGUUUCUCAGGGCCGGUGUUUAUCCAGAGAAAGAUCAGUCCGAGAAUGAAAACGCGAUGGUUCCUAGCGACACGGUGUCCAUGGACCCACAGCUGGAACGGCAGGUGGAGACUAUACGCAACCUUGUGGACUCUUACAUCGGCAUUGUCAACAAGUCCAUCAGGGACCUCAUGCCCAAGACCAUCAUGCACCUCAUGAUCAACAACGCAAAGGACUUCAUCCACUCUGAGCUACUGGCCUAUCUGUACUCAGCAGGGGAUCAGGGCAGUUUGAUGGAGGAGUCAGCAGAGCAGGCUCAGAGGAGAGAUGAGAUGCUGAGGAUGUACCAUGCUCUGAAAGAGGCUCUGCUCAUCAUUGGUGACAUCAGCACAACGACCAUUUCCACACCAGUGCCUCCACCAGUAGACGACACCUGGAUAGCCAAGGACCCAAGUCCCCCUCCUGUAGCCCGUCCUGCUUCCGCUACAGCGCCCCCUCCCAGUCGGCCCCCAGCAGCAAGGGGGCCCACCCCGGGUCCUCCUCCACCCCUCAACCCCUCACCAGCAUUCGGAGCGCCACCCGUGCCUUCUCGACCCCAAACCGCAUACGGGGGCGAUGUCAGCUCUGGAGGUGUCCCCCUUAUUCCAUCAAGGCCAGCCCGCGUGCCUCCUUCACUACCACCAGGGAUUCCGAGCAGAAGACCCCCAGCUGCUCCCAACCGACCCACUAUCAUACGCCCUUCAGAGCCCUCCCUGCUAGACUAGAAACACAUGUUUACACUUUUAUAUUAUUAUGUAUACAACAACUACGACUACAGACUUUGUCCUACAGUUAUUUGUGAUCUGAUGCUGUUUUUAGUCUGUGCAUUUCAGAAACGUUGCAUAUAUCAUUUUGAGAUUUUAAAAAGGGAUACAUUUGAUCUUUUUAUGGAGAAAAACCCUAAGCAGUAAGUCAUCUUGAAUUGUGCUUGCUCCCUUGAGAAACUAAAUUACUUUUAAAAAAACAAUAUAUCAUUUCUAUCAUAAGAAAACACUUAUAAGUAACCUUUUGACUCGUGUUCCUGCUAAUGUUUUGUCAGCCAAUAGAGUUUACAUGUAUUUGUGUAACAUCUAGGUAUUUUUCAUUUUUCAAGGACAGUUAAGAUUUAGUAUUUGUCUUUUGUCGACCAAUUAAACAUGACACAGAGGACGAAGGUGCUGAAGCAGUGGGCAUAUCUUCUGGUGUGUUAAUAAUAAAUACACAGUAGUUGCUGUAAGGUAAGAAUGACCCUGCAAAGCCAAACAGCUUCCCACCACUUCUGAUCCUCGGUGAAAAAAAUAUUUUGUAUUUUCUACUUUUAAUUUCAUAAAUCAUCAUGUUUAAACCCCCCUAAUAAAAAAAAUCCUAACGUAAGAAAAGCCUCUCUUUGAAGAUGGUGUAUGAAGUAAUGGUCAGACUGGAAAAAAAGGGUGCAUAUUUUUGUAUUGUUUGUUACAUUUCUAAUGCUGUAGUAAACAGCAUUAGAAAGUAAAGUAAACAUGUAAAUGCACUGCCAUUCUAUAAUGUGAGUUUACACACCAGUCCAGGUCACAAGCCCAUCAUCUGCUGAUUAUAUAAGCGCAGAACAAGAACAUUUUACUUUUAUGUGUGCAGCCUUGCUUGACUUUUCUUCCUUACUGUAUAAUGCAGCCGUAGGUCACCAUGGUAACUGCGGUUGCCAGUGGCAACGCAGUAGCCAUAGUGUUAGAUGUUUCUUUUUUGGUUGUUCAUGCUGUACGGGAGCAAAUAAAGGUAUGUUCUCCA